AUGGCCCAACAAGACGGAGAAGAUGUUUAUGCCACGCUGCUCCUGACCGACUCAUACCUUCCAGGAGCACUGGUUCUUGCCCACUCUCUUCGCGAUGCCGGCACGACCAAAAAACUGGCCGUGUUGGUUACCGCCGACACGGUCUCCAACGAAGUCGCCGGCCAGCUCAGGAAUGUGUUUGACUACGUCAUACCAGUCACUCGCAUCAGGAACGUUGUGUCGCCCGCCAACUUGGACCAGAUGAACCGUCCCGACCUGCACUCUGCUUUCACCAAGAUUCACCUUUGGAAUCAGACUCAGUUCCGCAAGAUCGUCUACAUCGAUGCCGAUGUGGUGGCUUACCGGGCUCCGGACGAGCUCUUCGACCUGCCCAAUGCUUUUGCCGCUGCCCCCGACAUUGGCUGGCCCGAUCUCUUCAACACUGGUGUCAUGGUCAUCACUCCCGACGUUGGCGAAUACAACACCCUUCUUGAGAAAGCCCAGAAUGGUAUAUCCUUUGACGGCGCGGACCAGGGCCUCCUCAACAUCCACUUCAAGGGCAACUUCCACCGCCUGUCUUUCACGUACAACGUCACGCCUUCUGCCCACUACCAGUACCUCCCAGCCUACAAUCACUUCCGGUCCAGCAUCAACAUGGUCCACUUCAUUGGAACCAACAAACCUUGGGUCCAGGGCCGUGGAGUGUCUACUGGUAGUACGGCGUACGACGAGAUGGUGGGACAGUGGUGGUCUGUAUACGACCGUCACUACAGCAAGGCCGCGCCCGAACUUGUUCAAUACUUUGUGAAGGGCGAAUUCAAACCUACUGGCACAUUCAAACUAACAGCAGACGGACAAACUUAUAACUGGGGAAGCACGUCUUACGGUCAGCAUCAUGAAGCACAACCACCUUCCUUCACCCAGCACCAGCACCAGCACCAGCACCAGCAACAAACCCCAUUCCAAGACAGCAAUGGCGAGAACCAGGAUCCCAGUGGACACCAGGAGCCUGGGGAAAUCCGGAAGCACGGCAAAUCCCCAGGCAAUCACGACCAUUGCUCGCAUACUCACAACACCCCGCAUUUCGGCUUGCCGAUUUCGUCUCCCUCUUUAACGAUUAUGGAAACUGAGAAUCGAGAAGACCAGAUACAGGCGUCUAUGCAUUAUGGCUGGGAUGCUCAAAGACAACCGCCGCCAGUGAACGCCAGGCCAGAGGCACUGAACCUGCCCCGAACCCAUUACGAGAUGUCCCAGGACACGAAUCAAUUUGUGGCCCCCCGGAGCUACCCAAGCCCGCCACACAACAUGUACGACAUUCCGACAGGAGCACACCAGAAACCUCACACAGUAUUCCCUUGGGAGGGCCAUCAACCGGCACCCACGCGUGUCUUUGCCGAACCAGCGCCCCCGCCACCGCAUGAAGCCCCAGUCGAAGAACAGUCGAGUCAGUCUGGACUCUACUCCGACCAACUACAGGAGGAACUGGGAACUGAGCCAUCCGUGACUUCAGGUUCUCCAUCAAUCGGCCCACAGACUGAGCCGACUACACCAACCACGCCUACUGCUCGCCAGUACCCCCCCGCUGAUCCCUGGGCGUCCUACACUCGGACAAAUGCCUGGGAUGACGUGCCGCAGAUUGAGCGGUACGUCGACAGCUUCCAGAAGCAGCACCUACGUGCUCGUAGCCGUGGACAGGUCCCCGGCACUAUCCAGCCAAAAACCAGUGCCGAUAUGGUGACAGGAUCUGGAGGCGGAAUUGGCGAGCAGCAUGGCUCAAGAGUCACCGACUUUCCGAGCGAGGCUGAAAGACCCAGUCUGCCAGUCACACCAGCACCGGUCCGUCGGCCCAAGUACUGGGCUGGUGACGGCCCUGGCUUUGGUGUCAACGGUGACGCGGAUGCUGUCAAUCACUUGCUGCCGGCUGCCGAUGGUGUGCCGCAGCAGAGUGACUGGGAUCCUGUAGCGCAGUUGCAGAAGCUUGCGAAGCAGCAGUCGAAGGCACUGCUGAGGAGGCUGGGACCAGAGGAUGGAACUGUCACUAGCAUAGAGGAGGACAUGGCCGGGACGGGUGUGCGUGUUGUGAGUCCCAAGCCAGUCAAGCCUAGUGCUUUGAAGACGAACUUUGUCCGCAACUUGGGCGGUGACAACAUCACGAUUGUGGAUCCCUCUUACAUGGGACCGGGGAUUUCUUUUGAGAAGGACGAGGGAUUCCUGAGCCACGGCAUGGCAGCAGCCUUGCCGUCGGAAGAGGAUAUGGAUGUUUUGGACACUUGA